CUCGAUUAAGAGAGUCUUUCCCCCAUCGGGAGCCCCCGCCCCCGGCCAUCCCGCCGGGCCGCCGUGUGCAGCAGGCGGCGAGGGACAGUCGAGGUGCUGUAGGGAGCCGCCCGUGGGGGGGACGCGGGCGUCGUUCCCGAUGCUGCGGUGGCUGAUCGGCGGCGGCCGGGAGCCGCAGGGCCUGGCGGAGAAAUCAUCUGUACAGACAAUUGGUGAAGAACAAAUACAGAAUCCUUAUACGGAGCUCCUUGUGUUGAAAGGUCAUCAAGAUAUAGUACGAUUUCUAGUGCAAAUAGAUGACUGCAGGUUUGCAUCUGCAGGAGAUGAUGGAAUCAUAUUUCUUUGGAAUGCUCAGACUGGAGAAAAACUUUUUGAACUUCAUGGACACACACACAAAAUUACAGCUAUAGCACCAUUUUCUUCAUCAGAUGCUUCUGAAGAAAAAAAACAUUUGAUUUUAACAGCAUCAGCGGAUAGAACAGUUAUUGUUUGGGACUGUACUAGUGGCAGACAGGUUCAGAGGGUAUCAUGUUUCCAUUCUACUGUAAAGUGUUUGACAGUUCUUCAAAGACUGGAUGUAUGGUUGUCUGGAGGGAGUGAUCUAUGUGUUUGGAACCGAAAAUUAGAUCUCUUGUGUAAGACCAGUCAUCUUACUGAUGCAGGUAUCAGUGCUUUGAUUGAAUUGCCUAAAAAUUGUGUAGCGGCAGCUGUUGGCAAAGAGCUAAUCAUUUUUAGGUUGCUUGCUUCUAAUGAUAGGUCUGAAGGUUGGAAUGUCCUUGAAGUAAAACGCCUUGUUGACCAUCAGGAUAACAUAUUGUCAUUAGCCAGCGUCAAUGACUUGACUUUUGUGACAGGUUCUCACGUGGGUGAGUUAAUAGUUUGGGAUGCACUUGACUGGACAAAGCAGGCAUCUGAGUGCAACUUCUGGGACUCCUCUGUCCAUCCAGAUGUACAGCCGGAAAUAAAAUUAUCCCAAAGCCCAAAUGAAACUUCAAUCCAACACUUAACAUCUGAUGAGGAGUGUGUGUUUGCUGCUGUUGGGAAAGGCAUAUACGUAUAUAAUCUUCAAAUGAAGCGUGUGAUUGCCUGCCAGAGAACUGCUCACGACUCCUCUGUAUUGCACAUUGAGAAGCUUCCAAACAGGCAGCUGAUCUCCUGUUCAGAAGAUGGCAGUGUGCGCAUUUGGGAGCUCCGAGAAAAGCAGCAGCUGCCAGCUGAACCGAUUCCAACAGGGUUUUUCAACAUGUGGGGAUUUGGGAGGGCAAACAAGCAGGCAAACCAAGCUGCUAAGAAGAUGCAGGAGAAUACACCUAUGUAUUUCUUGGAGCUGGUUGGUGAUUUGAUUGGUCAUUCAUCAGCUGUGCAGAUGUUCCUGUACUUUGGUGAAUUGGGACUGGCUACGUGCUCUGCUGACCACCUCAUUAUUUUGUGGAAAGAUGGUGAACGAGAAUCUAGACUCCGCAGUUUAACGCUAUUUCAAAAAUUGGCACAAAAUGGUGAUUUGCAGCUCAAAUUUUAAAUUGCUCCAAUACAGGCUACAUAUGUAUAAACUGGAUGUGUGUUAAAUGUGAGCGUAAAGGAAAGUCUGAGCUUCUGGGAAUGUGACUACCAGUAAGGUUUACACUUAAUGUCAUGUAUUAUAUUGGAAUUAUCAUUAGUUGCUACUACUCUUCUCAAGGGAGAAUUUUGCAUGUUGAAACUUACAUGGCUUAUUUAUGUUUCCGUCAGCAGAAAUGGUGUUCUCUUAAUAGACUGAAGGUAAUGAUGACUUACUAAAUAGUUUUUAAUAUUAUUCAUAAUGUUUAAAAAUAUCAUGGGUGGAUGUCAAAAUAAAGAUUUGUGAAGAUCCUUAGGUGGAUCGUAACUAAAGCAGUUGGGGGCACCCCACGGUGUUACGUGCAGAAAGGAGGCACAGAAAAAAAUCUGAGACUUCCUGCUUUAUGUAACUUGUUGAAGCUAAACUUUAAUCGUUGAUGAUUCAGAUUUAUGUAUCUACAAAAAAACCCCAAAAGAAACAGUUCUGAAAUACUGACUUCAAAUGCAAAAAUUCUGUCUUGCGGCGAGGGUAAGAGCAAGACAGAAAAGUAGGCAAAAGUAGGCAAUACCAGUUUGUUAGGUUUUAAUUUUGGGCAAAGCAAGAUAUCUAGAUACUCCUUGCUUGCAGUAGCUGCAAUUUUACUGUGGGUUAACCUACGCUACUGGAGUUUAUACAGCACCAUUACCACGUCUUGCGUGAAGUUUGAUUGGUUUAGCUUAGUCUUUCCAUAGUGCAUUAAUCAAAUUAAUUUGUAUCUAAUAAAGAGCACUGACUUUACCAUGGAUUUUCAGGAUGCAAAAUACUUUCUUAAGCAGUAGCAGUUGAUGUGUUCAAUCCUAGCAAAAUACUUCUGCGAAAUGAGUACUAAAUUCUCAGCUGAAGUUUCACUGCAGAGAAAUCUGCACCAAGUUUGUAAGGAUAAAUAGAGGCUUUUUAUUUUUAAACUCUAAGUACACCAUGCUUUUUUCAAGUCUGAGAUAGCAGCAGUAAUCUGCAAGCUAAACACAAGUAGGAAAAAACCCCAAACUAAAACAAAAUCCCAAACCCAAGCAACAAACACCCAAAAGCACCAAAAAAAGCAAAACCACCACCACCAGACAAAAACAAAAAAAAAGCAAAACUAAAGUUAAAUCCAGAACUGCUACAAAGAAAGUGGGAGGGAAGAUGAGAUAAUGAGUGGUAAGUUACCAUUCCAACAGAGAAGAGCUAGCGAAGGGGGCAGUUUGGGACCUUAGGGGUCAUGAAGCCAUGUAGAAGAGGGUGCCACUGUCCUCAGUUCUAUUCAGAAAUUCCAGCACUAAAACAGCUUAGGAGUAAGUCUCAUGGAACUUUUCAGUGCCAUCUCUCCCCUUUGAAUAAAUGAGAACUGUUUUCAAUACAGGAGAUUAUAGGGCUUCAGAGCUAGUGACUGCAGUAAGUGUAGUUAAAACAAAGGGCUAAGCAGAUCCUCACAAGAGCAGAAGCAAAAGGAGGAAGCUCCAGCUUCCUAGAAGAAACAAAGGAGCCUUUUAGACUUGCUUUCCCCCAGCCCCUGUGGGCAUUUGCCUUGCCCCUACCACCCAAAAGCUAAGCUUUGCCUCCGAAGUCUGACCAUAAUCUACCCUGGAAGGUGUGGAGCAGAGAGACAGUAAAAUUUUGAGCUGUAUUUUUUUUCCUGUCACUUUAGUCAACUUGUACAACUAAUCUUAGUUGAGUGUAGAGCUCAAAAUGGCAUAUUUCAAAACCAAAAACAGAUGGACAAAUUGUUAAUCAUAGAAUGGUUUGAGAUGGAAGGGACCUUAAAGAUCAUCGAGUUCCAACCCCCCCUGCCAUGGGUAGGGACGCCCUCCACUAGACCAUGUUGCCCAAAGCCCCAUCCAACCUGGCCUUGAACACUUCCAGGGAUGGGGCAUCCACAACCUCUCUGGGCAACCUGUUCCAGUGCCUCACCACCCUCACAGUAAGGAAUUUCUUUCUAACAUCUAAUCUAAAUCUACCUUCUUUUAGUUUAACUCAUUACCCCUUGUCCUGUCACUACACUCCCUGAUAAACAGUCCCUCACCGUCUUUCCUGUAGGCCCCCUUCAGGUACUGGAAGGCUGCAAUUAGGUCUCCCCAGAGCCUUGUCUUCUCCAGGCUGAACAAGCCCAACUCUCUCAGCCUGCCCUCAUAGGAGAGCCCUCUGAUCAGCUUCGUGGCCCUCCUCUGGACUCUCUCCAACAGCUCCAUGUCUCUCCUGUACUGGGGCCCCCAGAGCUGGACGCAGUACUCCAGGUGGGGUCUCACAAGAGCAGAGUAGAGGGGCAGGAUCACCUCCCUCCACCUGCUGGUCACACUUCUUUUGAUGCAGCCCAGGACACAGUUGGCUUUCUGGGCUGCAAGCACACACUGCCAGCUCAUGUUGAGCUUCUCCUCCACCAGCACCCCCAAGUCCUUCUCCUCAGGGCUGCUUUCAAUCCAUUCUCUGCCCAGCCUGUAGUUGUGCUUGGGAUUGCCCCGACCUACAUGCAGGACCUUGCACUUGACCUUGUUGAACUUCAUGCAGUUCACAUGGGUCCACCUCUCCAGCCUGUCAAGGUCCCUCUGGAUGGCAUCCUUUCCCUCCAGUGUGUCGACCGCACCACACAGCUUGGUGUCAUCAGCAAACUUGCACUCAGGACAGUUUUUCUGUAUUCUUCCCAGGCUACCUGCCCUUGCUUCCACCCUUUCUGUGUUUGAGUUUGUCCAGAAGCUCCUUGUUCAUCCAUGCAGGCCUCCUGGUGUUUUUGCCUGACUUCCUUUUUGCUGGCAUGCAUCGCUCCUGAGCUUGAGGAGGUGAUCCUUGAACACUAGCCAGCUGUCUUGGGUCCCUCUUCUCUUCAGGGCUUUGUCCCAUGGUGCUCUACCAAGCAGGUCCCUGAAGAAGCCAAAGGCUGCUCUCCUGAAGUCCAGGGUAGUGACCUUGCUGCGCGCCCUCCUUGCUGUCCUGAGGAUCUUGAAAUCCACCAUUUACUUCAUGGUCACUGCAGCCAAGUCUGCCCUUGAGCUUCACGUUCCCCACCAACCCCUCCUUGUGGGUGAGAACAGGGUCCAGCAUGGCACCUCUCCUUGUUGCCUCCUCUGUCACUUGGAGGAGGAAGUUGUCAUCAACACAUUCCAGGAACUUUCUGGAUGGCUUGUGCCCUGCUGUGUUGUCCUUCCAGCAUAUGCAAGGUGGUUGAGAUCCCCCAUGAGGACCAGGGCUUGUGAAUGUGAGACUGCUCCUAUCUGUCUAUAGAGGACCUCAUCCACUCGGUCUCCCUGGUCAGGUGGCCUGUAGCAGACUCCCACUAUGAUGUCCCCUGUCCCUGUAUGCUCCUUUUAGUCUUGACUCAUAAGCUCUUGCUUGGCUCCUCAUCCAUCCCCAGGUGGAGCUGCAUGCACUCCAGCUGCUCAUUGACAUAGAGGGCAACACCCCCUCCUUGUCUCCCCUGCCUGUCCUUCCUGAAGAGCCUGUACCCUUCCACCCCAACACUCCAGUCACAGGAGCCAUCCCACCACAUCUCCACAUGAUGCCAAUAAGAUCACAGCCCCGCAGGCGUGCGCACUUCAACUCCUCAUUUGUUCCCUAUGCUACAUAGAGGCAUUUCAGUUGGGCCACCAGUGAGGCUGACUGACUGGCUGGAGUGGCUGGAAUUCCUCUGACGUAGUUUACCAGUGCUUCCCUGUUGGCUUGUAUUACCUCAGGAGCCCUUAGCUUAUCUCCUCUAGACUUCAAGUAUUCCGCAGUGUGUCCAGCACAUCUCAGAGCAACAGGCUGAGGGCCCUGGCUGGCAGCCUGUCCCUCCAACCUUGGCAUGUCAUCACACAGCUUGUCGCAGGCAUGCCUGAUAUUAUCCCCCUCCCCCUUUGAGCCUAGUUUAAAGCUCUGUCAGUGAGCCCCGCUAGCUCCUGGGCAAAGACCUGUUUUCCCGUUUGAGAGAGGUGAAUCCGAUCUGAAUUCAUCAAGUCUCGUGCUUUGUAGGCCAUCGCAUUGUCAAAAAAACAAAACUGUGGUGGUGAUACCAGCCAUGGAGCCGUGUAUUAAUGGACUGUGUCCAUUUCUUCCUCCCAGUGUUGCUGCCCCCAACUGAAAGGAGGUAGGAAAGAAUAACCUGCCCACCAGAUUCCUUCUUAAAUUACCCUAUCCUUUCAAUUCAGAAAGGUUAAGUCAGCAUUAAAUUCUGAGCUGCACGGUCUUUGUUCAGGGUGGCUAUUCUUUAGACCAGCAUAGGAAAAGCAUUUGGAUUGCAGCCGAUGAUAACAUGCCUUUGGGUAUAUGGUAUUAAACUUGGGGGGAGAAGGCAUGUUAAGUCUUUCCGCCUGUUAGUCUGCAUUGUUUCAGCUUGUCUUUAUCAGCAAGUACAGCUGGGGAGAUCAGCUUCUCUUUGUCUCUUUUUGCCUUGUUUCAAUUGAAAAAUAAUUGUUUAGUUGUAUAUAACGUGCAUGUUUAUACAUUGUUACUAAAACUUUACAGUGAAAGCUUAUAAAAUGAAUUUUUUUUGGAGAGGCUACUGCUAUCAUAAGUUAUAACUGGUGAGAAGGUAGUUACUAUCUUUCUUCCUAUACCAUGAGAACAACUAUUUCAUUUUUAUGUGACUACUUUUAAGUGAAUACCUGGUAGAGAAACAGACCUAUUUAACUGAACAGUUCUAGUCACAAAACUCAUUGCGCAUUUUACAGGGAUGUAAUUCAGCCUUCAGUAGUCCUACAUGCAUGUAUAAAUAUUUAUAUCUAUCAAAAGUGCUGUUGUUCUCAGAUACACUCUGUUUGUAAUAGAUCUCCCAAGGGUCUCUUCCUUUAAAGAUGGUUGAGCUGAAAGUAUUACAUCGAGUUCUAUGUUUUUCAAAUGAACUUUGAGCAUAACAGUGAACACAGUAGGGUUAUAGUAGCCCACUCCUGUUAAAUAAGUUUGUCACUUGCUGUUGGGAAGUGCAGUGAACAGAAUUAGGGUGAUCAGGUUAGAAAUUUUACUUCCACCUUGUGUCCUUUUAAAUUUCUUUUUCCACCUCACUGUAAUGCAGAAUUCCGUAUGUUCACAUCAUGAAAGUAAAUAUCAGACCUACCCUUAACAAACACUUGUACAGAGGUGGCUGUUUUAUGUAUCUGUGCACCUACAAUAGCAGGAAACAAGCAGCUGUUAGGCAACUGGACAGGUUAGCGUCUAUAGGAGAUCUGACACAACAGUCAGAUGAUGAUUAAUCUAUGCUGAUUUCAUAGAAUCAUAGAAUGGUUUGGGUUGGAAGGGACCUCAAACACCACCUCAUUCCAACCACCCUGCCAUGUAUCCCAUUCACUAGACCAGGUUGCCCAAAGCCCCAUUCAACCUGGCCUUGAACAUUUCUUUUCCUCUUAAAGAGGACGUAUCUCCACACAAAUUACUUUUUUUGCUUAGUCUCUGACUGUGGGAAGAAACAGGAUCUUGCAACAAAUAUACUGAUGCCACAUUAACACCUUAACUCAUGAACCAGAACUGAGGCUGAACUUUAUUUCUUAGGUUCCUUCCACCAUACACGUUUUCUUCCUUGUGACAAAAUUGUGACAAAAUUGUGACAAAAAUAAUGAAUUGAAAUGUUUUGCAUGGAUGUGGUCUUACAGUGCUGCUGCAUUUAACAAAUUAAGAUGACAAAGCUUUGAAUCUUGUGAAAUUCUUUUCUGUAAUACAAGCUGCAGUGAGUGUUCAGUCAUCAGAAUAGUUAAGGUUCAACCACUGAGAGCACUAGUUCUAAAUAAAGGAAUGCUAAAAGCAAACAGUUUACAAUAUAAAAAAACAGGUUCAACUUACCUGAAUAAAAAUCCAUUGAAGAAUGGUGCAAUAGAUAAUAAGAAAGAAUGAAUAAACAUACUUCACCAGAAACACCUAUUUUUCAAAUAGACACAAUACAGCAUUUUAACACACAGCAACCUGCCUUAGCUAUGAUAAAAGUAAGGUUCUAUUACAAUUCUAACAAAAAUAUAGCUUAUAUACAUUUCUCUGCACAUAUAUUUUAUGAAUGUUUCUUUUUGUUUCUGAACUUGGUACAAAACAUACAAAAAAGGUUGGCACAUUAUGUAAGCUACCUGCAGUAAACAACAAUCAUUGUCGCUUUUCUCACAGCAAUCUAAACUCUGUUUUUUUUUCCUUUGCCAGGUUCAAUUCUUGAUACAGCAUAGGGGAGGUAAAGAGUAUGUCUCAAGACCUUUCCUUUUAAUGAGUAGUGGACUGCUUCUUCAACUUCUACUGCAGCCACAGCUUUGAUGCUCUUGACUGCAGCCUGGAGUGCACAGUGUUAAAAAAUCAGCAAUUCUGCUAGUAUUUAUUAAUUGAAUAGUCUGACAAUAGGCUAAAAUUUGAACUCAUGUUCUGCAUGUGAUUAAAAUGAGGUGUACAAAAAUAUGCAUUUGUGCUUUGGAAGCUUUAGCAUAAAUUUAAUAUCUUUAAUGAAAAA